AUGGGGGGCAAAUCUGCUAACAAGGCCGGCUACUUCGACAAGCUGAAGGGCUUGCUCGAGGAGUACAACUCCAUCUUCAUCGUCACCGUCGACAAUGUCUCCUCCCAGCAGAUGCACCAGGUGCGUCACUCGCUCCGUGGCGAUGCCGUUGUCCUCAUGGGCAAGAACACCAUGGUCCGUCGCGCCCUGAAGACCUUCAUUGCCGACUCCCCCGAGUACGAGCGCCUUCUGCCCCACGUCAAGGGCAACGUUGGUUUCGUCUUCACCAACGGUGACCUCAAGGACAUCCGUGACAAGGUCCUCGCCAACAAGGUCGCUGCCCCUGCUCGUGCCGGUGCCGUCGCCCCCUCCGACGUCUGGAUUCCCGCCGGCAACACCGGUAUGGAGCCCGGCAAGACCUCCUUCUUCCAGGCUCUUGGUGUCCCCACCAAGAUUGCCCGUGGUACCAUUGAAAUCACCACGGACCUGAAGCUCGUCGAGGCCAACAGCAAGGUCGGUGCCUCCGAGGCCUCGCUUCUCAACCUGCUCAACAUCUCUCCCUUCACCUACGGUCUCGGCAUUGCCCAGGUCUACGACCAGGGACAGACCUUCCCCGCCGACGUCCUUGACAUCGGUGAGGAGCAGCUCCUCAAGACCUUCGCCGGUGCCAUCACCGCCAUUGCCGCCAUCUCCCUGGCCAUCAACUUCCCCACCCUGCCCUCGGUCAUCCACUCUCUUGUCAACUCCUACAAGAAGGUCCUCGCCGUCGCCAUCGAGACCGAGAUCUCUUGGCCCGAGAUCGAGUCCCUCAAGGACCGCAUCGCCAACCCCGACGCGUACGCCGCCGCUGCCCCCGCUGCCGGCUCCGGCGCCGCCGAGACCAAGGCCGAGGAGAAGGCCGAGGAGAAGGAGGAGGAGGAGUCCGACGAGGAUGACGGUGGCUUCGGUGGUCUCUUCGACUAA